CAUUAUUUAAAUGUGUAACAAAAAAUAACACUUAUAUGAAAUGAAAAAAGGCCGUCAGCGCAACUUAAAUGACGAAAUAGUGUAAUUCUGCCAUUGACUGAUAUGAAAUGUAUCACUUGCACUGACUGCUUUUUAAACUACAGUAUAGUGGGACUAUCUAUACAAUAAAGAUUUGGCUAUAGAGAAGAAUGGAGACAGCUUGAGACCCCUCCACUGCCUGACAGCUGUGAACCUCCUUGUUCUUCAAAAAGACCCAUCAGCUGUCUCUUAUUGGGGUUGUUGCAGGAUUGUGUGGGAAUCCGUAUCACAUAAAACAUGUUUCCAUUUGUAAGGAUGUGCUGUAUGUUUUCUUUCCUCUGAUCAGGGAGAAAGAAGAUGUGCUGCACAAAGACACAACUCAAGCGGCUCACCAUGGCCACUGGCAUGGACAGGUUGCUGUGGUCAGUGCUGCUGCUGCUGCCAGUGUGUGGACUCUGUGAGGCUCUGCCAGAGAGCUGGCUGCCAGGGGCGUAUCAGAACACCAUGGGCGAUGCCCUGAGGUUCCUCAACGAUUACAACAGCACUGCCGAGGAGGUGUUCUUCAUGAGCACCUCCGCCAGCUGGAACUACAACACCAACAUCACAGACCACAACUCAGAGCUUCAGGUGAGUCAGCUCCUGGAGCCUCAGAGCUUGGAGGGCAACCUUUCUCUCAUGCUAAUGAAAUACCAUCAGCUGCCUUCAAGUGUCACAAUCAGACCUGAGGCUCGCUUCACUGCCAGCUUUUCUCUGAAGAACAGCCUGGAGAUGUCGGCCCACACCCUGCAGUACGGAGAGAAGGCCCGUCAGUACGACACCACCGACUUCACGGACAGCUCGGUCAAACGCAUCGUCAAGAAACUCAGCGACAUUGAGAGGGCCGCGCUGUCCAAGGCAGAACUGGAGGAGUACAACACUCUUAUAUCCAACAUGGAGACCAAGUACAGUGUGGCUAAGGUUUGCAAAGAUGAUGGUACAUGCCACCCGCUGGAUCCAGAUCUCCAGAAGAUCAUGGCAGAGUCCAGGGAUUAUGACGAGCUGUUGUUUGCCUGGAAGGGAUGGAGAGAUGUUGCCGGCAAAGUGCUUCGCGAGGAUUACAAGAGAUAUGUGGAACUGGCCAACACAGCUGCCAAACUCAAUGGCCACUCUGACAAUGGGGCUUUCUGGCGCUCCCUGUACGAGACCCCCACCUUUGAGGAGGACCUGGAGGCUCUGUGGAAGGAGCUGGAGCCGCUCUAUCAGAACGUGCACGCCUACGUCCGCAGGUCUCUGUUUAAAAAGUAUGGCUCUGAGCGCAUCAACCUGAAGGGACCCAUCCCUGCUCAUCUGCUGGGCAACAUGUGGGCGCAGACGUGGUCUGGCAUCAUGGAUUUGGUCAUGCCCUACCCAGAUGCCAGUCAGGUCGAUGCCACUCCUGCCAUGGUGGCCCAGGGAUGGGACGCCAAGAGAAUGUUUGAGGAAUCAGACAAUUUCUUCACCUCUCUGGGUCUGAUCAGAAUGCCAGAAGAGUUCUGGAACAAAUCCAUGUUGGAGAAGCCGUCUGACGGACGCGAGGUGGUGUGUCACGCCUCUGCAUGGGACUUCUACAACAAAAAAGACUUCAGAAUCAAACAGUGCACUGUUGUGACCAUGGACGACCUGAUCACGGUUCACCAUGAGAUGGGUCACGUCCAGUACUUCCUGCAGUACAAAGACCAGCCCGUGUCCUUCCGCGAUGGAGCCAACCCCGGCUUCCACGAGGCCAUCGGCGACGUGCUCGCCCUGUCCGUGUCCACGCCCAAACAUCUGCAGAGCAUCGGCCUCCUGGACAAAGCAGAGAGCAACUAUGAGAGUGAUAUCAACUUCCUGAUGAGCAUGGCGCUUGACAAAAUCGCCUUCCUGCCUUUUGGUUAUCUGAUGGAUCAGUGGAGAUGGAAGGUAUUUGACGGGCGCAUCCCAUCGAGUGAAUACAACAAAGAGUGGUGGAACCUCAGAAUGAAAUACCAGGGACUGUCUCCACCUGUAACCCGUACUGAGGAUGACUUUGACCCGGGGGCAAAGUUCCACAUCCCCGCUAACGUGCCAUACGUGAGGUACUUCGUUAGCUUCGUCAUCCAGUUCCAGUUCCACAAGUCUCUGUGUGAAGCCGCCAAGCAUACCGGGCCUCUUCAUACCUGCGAUAUCUACAAGUCUAAAGAAGCUGGGACGCUUAUGGGUAAUGUGAUGAAGUUGGGCUUCAGCAAGCCCUGGCCCGAGGCGAUGAGCAUGAUCACCGGCCAGCCAAAAAUGAGUGCCCAGCCUCUCAUGGAGUAUUUCGAACCGCUCAUUAAAUGGCUGGACGAAGAGAACAACAAGAACCAAGAUAUUCGUGGGUGGCCCGAGUACGACUGGAAACCAAAAACAGGUGAGUUAAAUUUUCCGUAAUAAAGUGCUUUCUGGUCUGAGUGUGGACGGUGCUCUGCGUGGGCCCAGUUGGUCGGGGUGUCGUGGGUCGUUGGUUCGCCACCUCUAUUGGGCUACAAGUUCAGGAAGUCAAAAAGGAUCUGGAGUCCUCAUCCACAAUGGAGCUAAAGCAAAAGGGAUAAUCAUCAGUGGUGGCUAACUGUUGCUGCACAGAGUACCACUCAUGUGACAUCAGUGUUCUGGACAGUCACUUGAUGAAAUUGCUUUCUUUUUGGUCGGCCUUUAUCUAGUCUUUGUAUAUUUGUUGAUACAUUUGGAGUUGAAAUAAUUUUUUGCCUAUGCAAAAGAAACAUUACAAUUUUUGUAUUAUUUGCAAUAUUUGAAUGGUCGCGGAAACGGUUAGAGGAAAAUGAUUUAAAUGAAUGUGUGUACGUUCAUUGAUUGCUUUGUGGAAUUAUUGAUUGUUUUUUUCUCUCUUGCCUGAGUCCUUUGCAUUUUUCUACUAUAAAUACUUAAAUAU